CUACACCUCAGAGGGAGAGAAGGAAAGAAAAAUGAAGUUGAGCAUCCCCGCCCCCAUUUUGGUUGUCAGUCAGUAAUGUAAACAAACCGUUGCCAGAAGAGAAAAUUUGUGCUGUCCCGGAACGUAAAACGGCCAUUUCCGCGUUAAAAGUGGCCCCCGGUGGACCAAAUCCGGCGUAAUCUUGUUCGCCCCGAUGGACCUGACAAUCUACAGCGAUGUACCAAAUGAGACCCCCGGAUCGUACUGUCGGUUUUGCUUCCGGGAGACGGAGCUGGUGCCGAUAUUUCACCCGACAACGGUGGAACCCGUCAAUCGGCAACUGCUGGACAUAAUCGUCGAGUGUACCGACAUCCAGCUGACGGCGGAGCGGGACUUUCCGUCGUCGGCGUGCCAGAACUGUCUGCAAGUGCUGCAGGAAUUCUACCACUUCCGCCAGCGGACCAAAGAGUAUGACCGGCUUAUCCGGGCAAAAGCGAUGGCACUUCGGAUUGAGCCGGAAGUGCUGAUUGUGAAGCAGGAACCGCUGGAAGAUGACACGCUCGAGAGUGUCCGGCGGCAGUACCUGGCAGAUCAGCAAGCGGAGCACGAGCGACAACAGAAGGAGGAGGAAACCCAAACCGAAGACGAGGUCGAGGACGAGGAACACGAAAUCGGCAGCAGCAGCAGCACGCUGACGGCGGAUGAAUCCCGCGAGGAAGAUUUCUUCCAGUUGCAGCUGCAGCAGCAGCAACAACAACUGCAGUUUCCCAGCCUUAGUGCCAUUUUCAAGAUGCGCACCACGUCAGGCUCGAGUGGUUCCAAGUCGACGACAACGGCGGCGGCAGGAACGCUGGCCAGUUCGCUGGAGGAAAACCGAUGCAUGGUUUGCGGCGAAAAGUUCUCGUCGCGAGAAGCCUGGAUAAACCAUCUUACGGUUCAUGCGGCCGAGCGGCCCUUUCAGUGUCACAUUUGCCUUUCGCAAUUCAAAACAAAGUACGUACAACAGAAUCACAUCAAAACGGUUCACCAAAACAUCCGGAGCUAUCAGUGCCAGGUGUGCACCGAUCCGGUUCGCCAGUUCAAGAGCAAACGCACCCUGGAGGAUCACCUGCGUUACCAUACCGGGGAGCGUCCCUUUCUCUGCACGAUUUGCAACGUUUCCUUCUCGUCCGGAAGCGUCCAUCGGAACCACAUGUACCGGGUCCACCGGGAGAUGCGCAAAAAGGAAAAACGGUGCAAUUACUGCGGGAAGGAGUUUGACCGGAUUCUGGACCUUAAGAGGCACCAGACGAGCUACUGCGAGAAGAUCGUUGGCCGUGCCAUGGCGGAACGGCUCUAGAUGGGUCUAGAGAACCAGCUGGAAGUGACACGAGCACACAACCACACCCACAAACACCCACACCAUUAAAUGCUAUAUAUUACUACAGAUUUAUAUAUUGUAGAACUAAACUAACCCCCACACGUAUGAUGAACAGAGUAUAACUAUAAUUAUAAUUUUAACGAAUAAAGCAUUAGUCUUUGGUGUACCGAAA